CGAAAGCACACACGCGAGGAGAAAAUAGCGACAAUUUUGUGAUCAUGCAGAUAACUGGUAAUAUUCAGGUAAUUUCGUUCAGUGAGAUUCAACAAAGAUGACAAUGAAUGCAUAUACAUUCUCUUUUUGUCUGUGGAUUGGUCUUUCGCUUCAGGUGUUAAGCUAUGCAGCUUCUUUUUAUGGAACAAGCUUAAUUCACCUUCCUCUCGAGGAUGUUUCAUCUGAGAAUGAAAUCACCCUUCAGUUUCGUACCAGUCGGACAAGGGGAUUACUAUUUCUGGCAGCUGGACAAACCGACUACUGUAUAAUACAAAUUGAAACUGGUCGUGUACAUGUGCUGUUGCAAGUUGGAUCAGGAGAGAUUCAGAUGAGCCUGGAAAAGAGGAUUAAGGUCAAUGACCUGGUAUGGCAUCAGAUAUCACUCCGACAACUUGAAGGAAUAGUCACACUUUCUGUUGAUCAAAAAUUUUUUGUAAGCAAGAGCCUUCCCGGUGAGCAGUACGUAUUUGAUGUUACAGAUGGUGUAUAUGUAGGAAGCACUCCAUCCAACUUCAAACAUAAAUACGCAAGUAAAGUGGAGAAGUCAUUUAGAGGCUGCAUUGAGAAUGUCAUGUUUAAUAAUAUAGAUGUAUUUCAGUUGGCUUUAGAAACUGAUGAUGCAACAACGAAUGACAUUACACAGAAUUGUAGUGCAGAGUUUGUUGCUGCCCCGAAUGACCCUAUCAGCUUUGUAUCGGACACUUCAUAUAUACAAAUGCCAAGAUGGAUUAUACUAACAAGAGGUUCCUUUGCAUGCUGGUUAAAAACCUCAGUUGGAGAUGGGCUAAUUCUUUAUCAAGGUGGUAACACCGAAGAUUUCAUUGCUGUAGAGUUGAAAAAGGGUAGAGUCCGAACUAUUUUUAAUAGAGGAAGCGGAAUUGUAGAUUUUACAUCAAGUACUUCGGUCAACGAUGCCAACUGGCAUUAUUUGAUCAUUGACUUUACUGACACAUCAAUAAGUAUUAGUGUAGAUUAUGAAGCAGAGGUCCAGGGGAUAGAUACUGACUCUGAGAUAUUUGAAAUGAACGGGAUGAUGUUUGUCGGUGGCGUUGUGCUGAAGUCGCGCAUCGAUGCAAUUGAAAAUGGAAUUAAUUCCAUCACACAUGCUAGCAGAGGUGGAUCAUUUCAAGGGUGUAUUCGUGAUAUUGAAGUAAAUCAUCAGCAGUUAACGCUUGCUGAUACACGUGUUACACAUGGCAUCAGCCUGGAAUGCGUUUACACGUUCCCUUGUUCUGAUAAACCUUGCAAAGAUGGUGAAACAUGCACUGAUAUUGGAACAGUGAACCAUGAAUGUCAUUGUAUGACGCACAGCUGCAAUAAAGAGCUUACAACCAUGGUGGAUCCUUCUUUAUAUAUUUUGCCCUCAACUAAGGCAGUUACUAGUCCUCCAAUAGUUGAUGUGAAUAGUGAACCAAUCAGCACAAAAUCACUGACUUUACUAGAAGGUGGUAGAGCCACGAUCACUACCAAUAAUAUCCAUCUAAAUAUCGAUCUUUCAAAAUAUGGGUUACGUCCGUCCCAGAUUUUAUUCCGCCAGAAAAAAGCGCCAAAGCAUGGUGGAAUUUAUAGGUAUGUGUUGCGAAAGGACGAUGAAACAGACCAAUUCACACUCCUUGAUUUAAAUGGUUCUUCUAAGAUCACCUAUCAACAUGAUGGUAGUGAACAUUUUAAGGAUAAAAUUAAACUAGAGUUGGAAAUACUUGGGAAAAAUACUCUACCAGAGGAGUUUAAAGAUGCUGAAUUCACCAUAGAUGUGAAUAUAAUACCAGUUAAUGAUCCACCUAAACUUGUUAUACCAUCAGAUAGCAUCCUAAAAAUCAUUCAAAUGUCUAGUGUUGUACUGACAUCAGAUGAGUUAAAUGCAAUGGACCCAGACACAGAUCCUACCAACCUGACAUAUUCUGUUUUAGAUUCAAGGAAAAUAGGUUUUAUGUCAAUGGAUGAUUCAGAUACCAAAGAGUUUACACAAGCUGAUAUAAAUAAUGGACGCGUAUUGUUUGUUCAUACCGGGCCAAUGUUUAAAUCACGUGUUACUCUUCGUGUUAAUGAUGGUCAUAAAUACAGUCGCCCUGUGCCAUUACGUAUUGAGGCCGUUCCUUUAGAGCUGUAUGUGAUUGAAGGCUCUAAACUGCGCGUGAACCCUGGUGACUCUGUUAUGAUAACAACAGAAAACCUAAAUGUAGAAACAAGUGCUGAACAUCAGGAACUGGAUAUUACAUAUGAAAUAUUAGCUUAUCCAAGGUAUGGAGAAAUCCAAAAAACCUCAAAUGGAAAAUUUUGGAAAAGCGUGAAUUCAUUCCAACAGCGACACAUCGAUAAACAGAAGUUGCGUUAUACACUCAAUGAUUAUACACCAGAAGCAGGUCGGAAGCGCGAUGCUUUUUCUGUACGCGCAACUUGUUUGGAUCAGACAAUUGAUGACAUCCGUGUACUCAUAGACAUUCUGAUAACUGAGGUUAGGAUUCUGAACAAUACUGGGCUCACUCUUAAUAAGCGACGACAGGGAUUCAUCUCUCCUGCGAAUUUAUCCUCGGAUGUUGUCGAUGCUCUUUUCCCUUCACCUGUCAGAUAUAACGUACUUCGUCCUCCAUUAAAGGGUGACCUACUAAAAAAGGGUAAAAGGUUAACCAGUGGUCAGAACUUUACUCAGAAUGAUGUGAACAAUGGUAUUAUGGAGUAUAGAAUAAAUGAUGAUGUUGGGCAGACUAUCAAUGAUUCGUUUCUUUUUCAAGCUUUUGUUACAAAUGCCCAGUCGUCUUAUCUAAAGUUUGAACUCGCAUUUGUAUCAGAAGCUGGGCCUGUGCUUUUAACUAAUGCAGGAACCACUGUACAAGAAGGUGGCUACCAUGAUAUCACUUCGCAGGAAUUAUAUGUGAGUGUUGAGGAAAAUGAAGAUUUUGAAUUUACGUUAACAACAUUCUUGCGGCAUGGGUCUUUACAUUUAAUCAACCCAACAACAUCUGAAAUUAUCUACUCAAAUAUAUCUUCAUUUUUUAACAGUGACCUCAAAGAUGGUGCUGUCCGCUAUCAACAUGACCAUUCAGAGGGAUUUACAGAUUCUUUUGGAUUCUUAGCAUCGACUUCAUUUGUAGACCAAGCUGGAAUCAUGCAUGAGGUGCAGCAACCAGGACUGUUCAACAUUAGUGUAAAUCUGAUCAAUGAUCACAAACCUAAACAAGUCGUUCUGAAGCCUUUUCAAGUUGUCCGUAAUGGAAAGAAGCUUCUCACCAACAGAGAUUUAAAGUUUAUUGAUGAAGACAUUGAUUUUGAUGAUGCCAAUAUUGAGUACAGAAGACAAGGAAUUCGUAAUGGCCAGUUUGUUUGGGUUGAUGAUGUUGAAACUCCGGUUUUUCGGUUCCUUCAGAGAGACAUUGAUGAAGAAAAGCUGCUUUUCAAGCAUAGUGGUGUGGAUGAAGCUCGCAUGUUGUUGAUUGUUAGAGAUCAAGACCAAAGCCGACUAACAACUUCAUACCUGAAGGUGAUUGCCUCUGAUCCUUUUCUCACUGUUACAUGUGAUUCUGAAUUGCCUGUGAAAUUUGGCCAUACUACAACCAUCACAACUUCUUAUUUAAAUAUUGAGACAAAUUUGAAUGUUAAGGCUAAAAACAUUCUUAUUAAUAUUGUUAAGCCAGCAGUGUUUGGUCAAGUUCUUAAAGUGGGUUCCCCAGUUACUUCAUUUACUUAUGAGGAUCUGCAUCUGAAAAAAAUUGAAUAUGAAAGUACACUUGAGGAAAAUCAACAAGAAAACCUGCAUGAUGGUUUUGAUUUCAUAAUUCUUUCCAAAGAACUCGUUACUGAUGGAUCUCUUGCCAUCAGUAUUUUCUUGGAGCAGCAUCAGGUGUUACCAAAAGUGUUGAGCAACAAGCCAUUUUUUGUAGAGAAAGGAAAAGCUGUGAUCCUGAAUAAGUCAAAUCUAAAAGUGUACCAUGAGGAUUCUCUGCCAGGUGAUAUUGUCUUUAUGGUGCACCAGUUGCCCAAAUAUGGAGUCUUGCAAUUAAAUUCAGAUAGAAAUAAAAGGAAAAGAAGGCAAGUGGAACUUUCCUUUACACAGCAUGAUGUCAAUCAAGGAAGAGUUGAAUACAUUCAGACUAAAGAUGCUGGUGAAGGUCAAGAUAGUUUUACCUACGAUGUUGAUAAUGGGCAGACAAUGCUUUACAAUUUGACAUUCACCAUUGAGAUUGUGCCAGAGAUGGUUCCAAUUAUUAUUGAGAACAUCACUGUUAGGGAGGGUGGCUCAAAAGCAUUGACAGAGGAAUUUAUAAGAGUUGACCAUCCUUACUAUGAAGCAGAUGAUUAUAUUAUCCAGUUGACUACCAAUCCAUCACAUGGAAUCUUAGAUCAUUCUCGUUUUGCAGGUGUUCCUAUCAGCAGAUUCACAAAGGAAGAUAUUGAAGAUGAGUUUGUAUACUAUGUUCAUGAUGGCAGUGACACACUUCUUGACAGUUUCUCUUUCAUCGCAAACUUCACAAAAAUUGGUAAGGUCAGUAAUACAUCCACAGUCUUUGUUGAUGUCGUUCCUGUUAAUGAUCAUGAACCAACUGUGGUGGUGAAUAAAGGAUUGGAGGUUAUUAUUGGUUCUACCACAACCUUAUCUGGUGAUGUAUUAAGAACAGUUGAUGAAGAUUCAGGACCUGAUCAGCUUGUGUACACAUUGACUCCUGCAAACAAUGGCCGCUUGAUCAUGAAAGGUGGCACAAACCAAUCAAUUUUGACAUUCAGUCAAAAAGACUUGAAUGAAGGAAAUAUUAUAUUUGUUCACUCAGGUGUUUAUACUGGUGGAUUCCGUUUCCAAGUUAGUGAUGGCACCUAUAACUCAAAAAGACAAAUAUUCAGCAUCACAGCGAAGGCUCUUAGAAUCUCCUUAACAAGUACAAACCCUCUCAUUGUUGGUGCUUUUUCUCUUCAACCAAUCACAACGGAUUACCUGAUGGUCAAAGCCAAUCUAAACCUAGAACAUCUUGGACUUCCAGUCACUUAUAUUAUAGUCAGGAAUCCUGAAUUUGGACAGAUUGUACUGAUUACUACAGAAUCUGAGACCAAUGGAACUAAUUUUCUUUCCGUCAACCACUUUAUGCAGGAUGAUGUUAAACAAGGAAACAUAGCAUAUCUCCAUACAGAUUUCAAGACUGAUGCCAAUACAGAUUCUUUCACAUUUAAUGUUGUAAUCCCUUUUUCACAGAAUCUUACCAACCAGUUAUUCAACAUCACCAUCAAACCACUUGAUGCUAGUGAAAGCAUAAUGAUACAAAAUAGAGGAUUGAACGUCACAGAAGGCGAGGAAGCAAUAAUUGGUGUCCAUAAUUUAAAUGCUGAAAAGUUUUUAAAGAUGCCAUCAUUUGCUGGAGAAGAUAGUAGUUUUGAAAUUCUUUAUGUCAUAAUUGAACUACCAAGUCAUGGAUCUGUCAUGCUAAAUAAUGUUACCCUUAAAUUUCAUGGGUCGUUUACCAAUCAGAACAUACAAGAGAACAAAGUAACAUAUUUACAUGAUGAUUCAGACACAUUUGAAGAUCAUUUAAAAUUAAUGAUAUCCCUUGUUGAUAAACUAAAUACUGUUGUUUCUAAUCAAACUGAAUUCUUUAAUAUUACAAUUUUUCCAGUUAAUGAUGAAACUUUUGAGAUUGUUACCAAAAAUCUGUUGAUGCAAGUACCACAAGGCACAGAAUACGUCAUCGAUAAGGGUGACCUAGAGACUAUCGAUCCAGACACAAAUCCUAAUCAGAUUGUCUACCAUCUUCUAACGAGGCCUAGUAAUGGUUAUCUCGUAUUUACAGAUAAUAAGUCAAUUCCUGUUAUGUCAUUUACUCAAGAGGAUAUUAACUCCCAUCAACUUAUUUUUAUACAUGAUGGCAGCGUAAUGAAAGGAGGUUUUCCAUUUGAAGUUUCAGAUGGUGCUCACAAGCCCAAGUUCAAACUUUUCAAUAUUGUCAUUAUUCCAACAACAAUUGACGUAUCCCAUGGUAUAGAGAUACAACUUCUUCAAGGCCAGACCGAAAUUGUUCUCACUAGAUCAAAUUUUAAUGCUACAACAAAUGGCAACAAAUUGCAAAUUGCUUACAACAUAACUAUGCUACCAACUUUUGGUCAUUUUGUGAUGUAUGAUAAAAUUGUGACAGAGUUUUUACAAGAUAAUGUGGACAUGAAAUUGGUUAAGUAUAUUCAGACAAAUCUGUCUGUAGCUGGAGAUAGUUUUUCAUAUGUUGUUGCUAUUGAUGAAACUAUGUCAGAAACAUAUUCGCUCAAUGUUACUGUUCAACCUGCAUUUGUUCUAAAUGAAUUCAAUGUCAAUGCUGGAAGUGUUUUCCAACUUUCUUUAGAUCAAGUCAAUGCUACUUUGCUUGAGAGGAGCACUCAGACAGAUCCCAUCUUUAGUGUAGCAGACAUAUCGGGUUUAUGUUCAAUUGUUAAUGUAUCUAAUUUAGAGGAAUUAUCAGAGUUCACACAUAAAGAUCUUUUAGAGGGAUGGGUUGCUGUUGAAGUGGAUCAUAUUGAUCUUCAGAAAAAUGAAACAUUAACUGCUGGUUAUAGUUUGAUUGUGAGUUCCUCUGAAGCUCAGCCUGUUCUACUGUCUGGUUCUUUGACCAUUCUGCCACAAAUAGUACAAACCACAACAGAAAGACUGCAGACCACAGUACCUGAAAUUGGCAGUGGUGAUGUGAUCAAAGUUGAUUUCAUGGCAGAUGUUAGCAACCCAAGCAGUUCAGACAAAGACUCUGGCAUCACAGGACCACCAGAUUAUCUUACGACUUCACCAAUAUUCAAUGAAGGAAAGUCGGAUGAAGGUCCUCCUGACAGUAGUAUCAUUCCAAUUAUCAUUCCAAUCAUCAUUGUAAUUAUUUUUCUCAUUAUUAUCAUACUACUAGUAGUUUGGUUGAUCAGAAAAAAACGGAAGGAGGCUAAAAGUGGACGGGAGUCUCCAUACCCUGACAUGGAUGGUGGGCCCUAUCCAGGAGCUUCAGCAAUUCCAGGGCAAGCUGGCAUUUUACCACCUAUCAAUAUCUGUGCCGUGAAUUAUAGCGCAGCAUCUCAAGAAUUUCCUUAUAGUGGUUCAGGAUCACUGCAUCGUCCUAUAGCAAGUCCACUAGUUCCUCAGGUGACUGUCACAGCACUUGGACGUCCGCCGUCCCCGUCCACUAUUAAAAAAUCGUCCUUGGUUAGUAUAAAUACAAAUGGUACAGGUUCGCUCUCUUACAGCAUGUCCCACGAUUCUCAACAUGCUAUGCCUACUCCUAAGUUAAAGAAGAGUCAAUAUUGGGUUUGAUAGAUCAAAAUGUUAGAUUAUUUUUUACAAAUAGAUGUAUAAAUUUUUAAGAUGUGAAUAUUGGUAGUUAAACAAAUAUAGCUAUUAACUUUUGCUAAUAUCAUCAAUUUCAUAUAUAUGUUGCGCAUACAACUGAAUUAGAUGAAUAUGUAAUUUUUUAAUUUGAUAUAAAUUCUUUUUGUUAAUGUGAAAUUCCAGUAUGUCAUAUCUUAUUAAAUUUUGUAGUUAUCUAUCCAGGUUGGUAGAUAAAAUGGAAAAACCAUCCCAAACAUAUGACUUCUGUAGUACAGUAUAUGCAGUAGUUCACUAACAUAUUAUAUGACGUAAGCCGGUAAGAAUGAAGAUUUAAGAUCGUCCACACUUUAUCAAUACCAAUAUGCUUUGUCUGUUAAUAAGAUUUUAUAGUCUUUCUCAGUUACCAUUAGAAAUUAACGAAAAGGAAAAUGAUAUGAUAUAAUGCUCAAAUUGGUUCAAAUAUUGAUCUAAAGGAUAAGCUGAAAUGAUACUGCAAGAAAAGGGUUCAUAUAGAUGAACUUAAAUUAUAUGAAACGUUGUAUACUUCCAGUUAGGCAUACUACAUUAUAGGUAAUAGAAAUCCUAGUUCAAUGCUUUAUUCACAUAAUGAUCCCUCCAUGAAGGGGGUUUUUUUUUAUAGUAUUUACAGUAUUUACAUUUUACUAUUAAUAGGCCAUAUGUGGCAUUUUUUAAUGGUCUAUUUAAGAUCUAAUUGAUUAGAAUUUAAAAUUUAUGCUGUAAUUAUUAAACACUGAAAUGAUUUAAAAUUACUCUUUUUUAUUUAUACAUUGCACAAGAUUUUAUAGUUUUUUGAUGUUUUAUGACAGUAUUACACAUAUGAUGCAAUGAGCAACUCCUUGACAUAGUAAGUAGUAAUAAAGUGGUAUAUUUUGAGUUGGA